AUGGCUCCAUUGCCAUACUCCGUUGGUGAUUGGGUGAAUAUUUCUGAUAGCGACGGCAAACGAAGCCUGGUAGAACAGAAAAUCGUUACCGAGUUCGCUGGAGCUAUUGAUACUGGUGUAUACUCCUUCUUGAAUUUGUUCCGAGAUUUAGGACCCUAUCUCACAUCUGGUGUGGACGGAGUCGUUCUGGCUCGAGCUUUGAGUCUUCUUCCUCCGGUUCUUAGCAGCCUUGAAACCGAGCCAUCUCGUCAGAUUGUAAACACCUUGGUCAAAUACUUCUGUGACCGUCUCGCAAGCCGAGAUCAGGACUCCAGUUUUCGCUAUGGGAUUUAUGAAGUUGCCGCCUCUCUAAGAGUGAUUGUAAAUUGGCAACACUUCAUACCUAGCGAUACUGCUGUGGUAGCAACCGCAAUCUACGGGCUCGCUGAUUUCUCUAUUAUGCGGGAUCUAGCCCCCGCUACUCGGGUCGAGCUCCUAAGGGUCUUGGAUAUCAUCUUUCGCCAGCGAGGUCUAGAUCUCAUCAAGAUGACUGGCGUCGCCUCUCAAAUCAACGGACUCGUUGAGCUCGCUUCCCAUGAAAAGAAUCCUUCAUGCUUGACUCUUCUUUUCUCCUUGUACAUCCAUGUUAGCAAGGAAUGGGAUCUUGAAGCACCACAAAUUGAAAGUUUGUGGAAUUCAUUCUCGAGAUACUAUCCGAUCACCGUGGGCGGAUCUGCUAAAGACCCAAAGCAUCCUUCGAAAGAGACGCUGCGGGAUCUGCUCCUAGGAUGCAUCGUGUCGAAUGAUUCAUACGCUAAAGACGCAAUUCCAAUGUGUCUUGAGAAGCUCGAUACAACUGCGGACUUGUCCGCUGAUACUAAGACCGAGGUCCUGACGACCCUUGCUGCUUGUGUUGAAAAUUAUUCCGUUCCCGCCGUGGCUCCCUUCGCGCCCAAGAUCUGGGACUCUUUAAAAUUCGAGAUCUGGAACGGUGAGGUGGAUGAUUUCAUCAAGUUGUCACUAAAAGUUUUACUUAGUGUAAGUAUAUCUUUGAGCCGUCGAGUCUACGACUGGGAGGAUACGCAAAAUCCUCUGGCCAUUUACAUCAACACUGUGAUCAAAGAAACUAGUGGCCGGAUCCUUGACAUGAGCACUCAGUUCUUACGCAGUAGUGGAUUGAUUCUGUGCUCGGUCGCCUCUGGAUCACCUCUUGCUUUCCAUUUGGUCGCCAAAUCUAUCAUCCCGAGAAUCAAUGUCGUCUGGCAGAAUCUCAAACUCGGAUCCGAAAGAAACCUCCUUCUGGGGGUUUUUAAUAACAUCCUGAUAGCCCGUUUGGCACAGCCGGACAUUGCACCAAGACCAACAACCACUCCGACCUCUAUAAUUGUCGAUGAGAACCCUCAUGCCAUUGCCAAUCUGAAGCAAGGCUUUUCUAAGUUUUCGGAUACUCUUGUUGACGUCUACUUUGGUGCGGUCACUCUGGCAGACGAUAAAGCCCACCUCACGACUGGACAUGGAGCGUCGCCAGAUCCUGUCUUCGGAGCUGCUGCCAUCAAAGGAUUGACGAUGCUAUUUCAGAUUCCAAACUACCUGUCAGUCGCCGAGCAGGGAAUGAUAGUUCAAAAAUUGACAGAUUUCGCAACACAUCCCAGUCAGAAUGCCGACAUCCAGGCUGCAGUUGUGGAAUCGCUUAAUCAGAUAUCUUCGAUCGAGCCGAAGAUAUUCGGUGAUGUCACCUUGUCAACUCUCGUAGACGCCCUUCCUACAAAACUCUCGGAGGAUCCCGAAAAACAGGAGGAAGAAAUGGAGGCAAUUCUGCUUCGGCUUGAGAGCCUCGUCGGUAUCUCGUGCACCAAUGUUUGUGAGAAUGAGUUCCGGGACGGACCUCCGGUUGGUGUCGCGGCCGGCUACUGGCACCGAAAUUUCGAUUCGACGAUGAAGAAGAUUCUCGUCAAAUUGGAGGCAGUGGUUCAACACAAAGGACAGAUGCCCUAUGUUGUUGCAUUACUGGCCACAAUUCUUGACGGUCUGGAAAAGUUCGAGAAGACUUUGGAAAAGGCCCGCAGCCAUGCUCCUCAGCCAGCAUCGCCCAUUCCAAGCAGUGGACCCUAUACAUACAUCGUUAUGGAGCUAUUCCGUAUGACUGUCGCACAGAAGUUUGAUGGAAAUGGCCAGGUCUAUCUGGGUUUGAAGUCGGUCAUCCUGGAACAGGGUUCGGAAGACAAAAUUGUUGAGCUUGUGGGCAAGGUAGCCAUGAUUGCUCUGCGGUCCAAAUUGACAACUGCCUCAAAUAACUUUGUUAUCAACUGGAACUCAACCUUCACAAGAGAGCCAAGCGUAAUUUGGACCUUGUUCACUCACAGUGUGGAUGCCUUGCUUGCCCAGUCCCACAAGAAUCUGCGUGACGGACCGCCGGAUAAGUGCUUGGCAAAUGCUCUGUCUAUGUUCCUGUUGGCGGGUAGUCCAUCGAAGAGCAAUGCUGAAUUGCGAAUUUCAGCCGGUGAUCUGGCUGCGACCAUGAUCUCAAACGCUACCAGUCUUAGAAGCAGAAGCUCUCCCUUCUCCCAGGUUGCUAUGCUCUGGAUGCUCCAGCUGCUUGUAAACAAGUUUGGAGCCAGCAAGGAGACCUUAGAGGAUGGUGGCAGUCUUUUAAGUGUUAUGGAGACCGUUCUCAGCGAAAGUUCGACGAGCGCCGUUCAAACCGUCAAGGCGUACCAAGUCCUGGCCUACUUCACAGCAGCAUCUUUGGCUUCAUUCGAUCCUACAAUGACUACACUCAUUGGGCUAAUGAUUAGCGGUAUCAAAGACUUUAAGCACGGUCGUAAGGUCGCUCAAUCUUUUCGCAUCCUGCUUGACUCUUCCCCAAUCUUGAACGAGGACAACUACUGCACACUCCGCAAGCUACGCAAGCCCCGUCUGUUUACACUGGCCGCCGAGCCUCUCAUUACUCUCUGGCAAAACACCUCAGACAAAGGUCUUAAGGACAACUACCUGAUUGCCCUCGCUGGAAUCCUCUUCUACAUGCCGCCCACCUACCUCACAGAGGGAUCCACCGCUUCGCUGCUCAUGCCACUCAUCCUGGAAGGCGUGACUGUCAUGGACGACGACUGGACAAAGGUAGCCUAUCUCAAGACCCUUGCUAGUAUUACUCCUCUCUGCCCUUCUCUCAUCCAGGAACAUCUCGACUCGGUCAUUACGCGUGUUUCUGAUCGGCUGAGAAACACGUAUGAUGAUCCAUCCGACGGUAGUGUGCAGUGUCGGGUUCUGGCUUUGGAGGUCAUGAUGCUGCUGAUUGCGCAUGUGAAGCCGAGCUUGUUAUUGCAGCGCGCGACCAAGAUGCUGAGGGAGUUGGACUAUGCGAAGGAUGAUGCCGCGUGGGAGGUGAGACAGAAGGCUACGCUGUGCCGCAUCAAAUGGUUCUACUUGGCGGAUAGUGCGUAG